GAUCUAAACUGUUUCGAGUUUUAUUUUCGUUUUCUGUUUAACCCUCGACGUGCGACGGUGCCCAAUACACACGGGUAAAAUAACAACGCAUCUCGUAGACGAAAGCAUAGCGGUAGUGCGUUGUUGUCGCGGUUUUGCCCGUUUGUGUUCCUGGAGGAAGCAAACAGUACGGUCUACCCCGCGAAGUCAUACAUCGCUGGCGUAGCGUUUAAAAGCCUAGCGAAAAGGGGAAGCCUACUGUGUCUGCGGGGGAAAGUAGAGAUCGUGUGAACAGAAGGAAAUAAAACCUUCUAUCGCGCUGCCCUGCCUGGCCUCUACGGGAAGGGAGAAAAGUGCACGUGAAAACUCGUUUUCGUACAAUAUCAUAACUCAAUCUACCACGGCGUAGUGCACCUUUGGAGAAAUCGCAAAGAUGGAUCGAAACAUGGGUCGACAGGGACAGAUGUCUAUUUCACCGGGAAUAAUGCGAAGAUCCGGAAUGAUGCAGUCUGGCAGGGAUAUGCCCCCACAGAACCAUUCACCGUAUCAACCAAAGCCUAAUCACGUAGGGCCAAACGCGGCUGGGUCGAUGAUGAACAAUAGUGGUAGUAAUGGGCCACCACCGUCGUCUUCGGCAGUGCACCCGAUGCACCCGUUGCAGCAAAACCACCAGCAGCUGCAUCCGCAGUCGUCACAGCUCCAACAUUCGCAGCACGAUGAACUCAUUCGAUACAUCAACGAAGCAUGGCACAGUAUAAUAACCGACAAAAGCGAGAACCCGGCAGUAUUCUACAACGGUGUAUCUGAACCACGGUUGCCAGGGUUCACGCCAUUCGAUCUAGAAGGCUGGUGGGGCCAGCGGUUGGUCCAUCAGUUGAAUAUCAGUUCCCACGCACAUCAGUGAGCUUGGGCCAUCAAUCGAAAUGCAUCAGAUCUAUCGAUCCCGCGCUCGCUCAACUAAUGUUCAUGACCAUGCACCAUCAAUUCUCCUACAUUUCUUUGGUAUUCUCAUUGUUAUUCUUUGUCCAAGAGCAGACGUCUUUAAGUAUGAGAUUGAAUAUUGUCACUCGACGCACGUCAUACUAUCGUCGGAAUUGUGAUCCUAAAAUUGAGUCAUAAACUCUACGACGUUUUACAUCAUUUUCCACUUCGAUGUGCAUUACGAUUCUUAACCUUAUGUUAUUUUAUGGCCAAUGAAAGGGUAGUUUCCAUAUUUUACAUUUCCUGUUACAUGCAGUAUGAUUUUAAAGCAAUAUUUGUUCGCUGUAUACUGUUUUCUUUUUCGUUUGAUACUUUUUUUUACCAUAGAAAGGAAAGGACAUUUCGGUGGUUCAUAGACGAAGCGUGAAAGAUAUAACGAAGAGCAGAAAGAGGUAAAGUGCGGACAGAAAGCGAGAGCAUAGAAUAAGGAGAGAACACUGCGUGGAAGGGAGUUGUGGGGGAGGCGAAUCAGAGUUUAUAGGAAAUUGCAUAAUUUUUUUCUGAUCGAAUACUUUUCCCAAAAGACGACAAAGUUAUCAGAACAUACCUUCAGAGCCUAGCGUUUACGCGAAAGCAACUUAUGAUUUGUUUUAUCUCCGGAAAAACAGUUAUAUUUAAAUGAUAACGAUAUCAUCUAUAGUUACAAGUGGGAGGUCAUAACGGUGUAAUUGUGAAUUCCUUCGUACCCGCAGAGCAGACAGCAAACGAAUGAAUGAUUGACGCAUGGAAGGGAUUGGCAAUGUAAUAAAAUAUGAUUUGAAAAGAG